CCGGCGCAUGUGACAUGCUGUGUGACAUACAUGCUCACAACACUCUCCAGAUCUAACAACCUGAUCACCAUUCACCAAGCCUCAUCAAUGGUCGAACUCGACAGUGGGGCGUCUGCGUUUUCGGUACGCUCACUGGAUAACAAUAUUUCGGGCCGGCUGGCGUUGGUAACAGGGGCAAGUGGUGGAAUUGGAGCUGCUUGUGCGAGAGCAUUGGCUCAACAAGGAUGCGAUCUGGCUUUGCAUUACAAUUUGAACUCAGAAUUUACUAGCAAGCUAGUUUCGGAACUACGAGGAGAAUUUGCGAGUCAGACGUUCACGGCCCACCGAGCAGAUAUGAGUAACAGAGAAGAAACCCAGGGCUUGAUUACUUCAGUUCUUGCAGCCCACACGCAGCGCCAUGACUCGAUAGCCAUCCUCGUUUUAAAUGCUGGUCUGGCUCGGCGAAUCCGAGAUAUAGAGGAAAUCAGCUUGCAGGAUUGGGAUGAUGUCAUUCAAGUCAAUUGUACUAGUCCUUUUGUUUUAUUGAAAAAUUCUCUGGACGAUCUGGGUGGCAAGAUGCGCAAGGCUCGAUGGGGAAGAAUCAUUCUGAUCGGUAGUAUUUCGAGUAGAGGUGGAGGAAUCAAUGGGUGUCAUUACGCUGCGAGUAAAGGCGCUUUGUGCUCGAUGGGCAUGAAUCUUGCUCGGGUCCUGGCGCCCGAUAACAUCACUGUCAACUGCAUCUCUCCUGCGCUGAUCGGAGAUACUGGGAUGGUACCGGCUGUUCAACCGCCCUCACAAGACCUGAGCUCAAACGAUCAACCGCACACUCAAUUGGAUAUCGGAACAGUGCUAGCUUCAACCAUACCACUAGGACGACUGGGGCAUCCAAGUGAAGUGGCCAAUGUGGUGGUCAUGUUGGCUAAAACUGGCUAUAUGACUGGUCAGGAGAUCGUGUUGGGUGGCGGUUUACACUAAUCGUCAUCUAUCCGCUUUCUUGGAAGCGAGGGGGACCUUGAUUACUGACAAGUGUCGAUUCAGUCCUGGUGUGGUGCAGACGAAAGUUUUUUUGCGUGUUUUUAGUGAAGAAGAAGUUGUAAAUAUUGUAGCUUGAUAUCAUAGAAGAUAAGAUCAUAUAUUUGCCAAAUUUUUGCUACUGUUGUUUAUUUGGUGUACUCCUAGAAUAAAUAGUAUCUCCCUGGAGCCAAAUUGAAACCUUGAAAAGCAC